UACUCAAAACCCAAUCAACAACAUGAAAGGAUUCUCCGUAUUGUUGUUGGCAUCAACAAUUGCUGCCCAUGCCAUCAAUGGGAUGUCCUCGAUCAAGACUCAAUUGCAUAAGCGAGAUGAGCUUGGUUUGAUCGAGCAAAUGUACUCAGACUUACCAUUUCCAGACCAGGAUUUCAUCACCAACCACUUGAGUACUUUACAAGCCUUCAACGGUUCCAAGUGUGAUGCCUGCAAGAACAAGAUCCACUAUGCUCGGAAAUUGUACGAUGAGGACCCAGACAAUCAACAUUUGAUUGCGUUCACAUUGUUCAAGUACUGUAUUGCUCUGAACAAAGAUGAUCCCACCAAGUGUGAUACUGUAGACUUUUUCUUGACUACCCAGAGCAACCUUAUCAACAUUGCUGCCAACAAGUAUGACUCGAGUUUCGGUGAUGAGACGUCAGUCAAUUUGUUCGAUAACGAUUUCAUGCACAUGUUGAGAUUAUUUAAUCUUUCAAGUGAAUUGGAUCUUGAUUACUACUGUUACUUCAAAGGUGGAGUGUGUGAUUUGCCUGAAACUAUUGACAUCGAUUCUGAAUACAACUUUGACUCCAAGUGGCCUGUCAAACAGCCUCAUCACUACUUUGAACCUGAAUACACCAAUGGCAGUGGUGACACUUUUAAUGUGUUGCACAUCACUGAUUUCCACUCACAAUUCAAAUACACUGUGGGGGCUGAAGGGAACUGUUCUCAAAAAAUCUGCUGUAAAGUCGAGAGUUAUAAUGAGGAUUUACCAGACAUGUCCAAUUACAACUUCACCGAAGCGUAUUCAGAGUUGUGUCCCAACGGUGACAUCGACAACUUUGCUUUCUAUCCAGAUGCCAAGUAUGACGAUCAAGGAAACUACUCUCCAGGAGAGUAUUAUGACUUGCCAGAAGGAAGGGGAUGGGAUUCGGUGGUGCAGCCAGCUGGAGUUUGGGGAAACUAUGAAUGUGACUCUCCUGUAAUUUUAAUCAACAAUACCAUGAAGUAUGUUCGUCAAUUGCAAAACAAAAACUUUGAAUUCACCUUAUUCACUGGAGACUUGGUUGACCAUGAUAAGAUCCACGACACACCUGCUAUCACCAAGGAAGCCGAGGUUUUGGGUUUUAAGAUCUUGAAGGAAUAUUUGGGAGGAAUCCCAGUGUACCCAUCUUUAGGAAACCACGAUACCUUCCCAUAUGGUCAAUUGGCUCCACAAAAAUACGAUCCAAACAGCUCCUACCAAUAUAAUGCAGAAUUAAUGAGUGAAAUUUGGGUCAACGACGGCUGGUUGGACCGUUCGGAGCAAAACGAAGUUAAAGAGCACUAUGCUGGUUUCUCUCAUGUCACCAAGAGAGGAUUAAAGGUGAUUUCCUUAAAUUCUAACGCUUACUACCAGAAGAACAUGUGGAACUAUAUUAACUUGAGGGAAGACCCAGACAGAUUUGGGCAAUGGGAAUUCUUAAUCAACGAGUUGGUGGAAAGCGAACAGAAGGGGCAAAGAGUUUGGAUCAUUGCCCAUAUUCCUUCAUCUGACGGUGAUGCUUUACCUAUUCAAUCCAGAAUCUUCGCCAAGAUUGUCGAAAGAUUCAGCCCCUACACUAUUGCCAGCAUUUUCUAUGGGCACACUCACAGAGAUCAAUUCAAGGUGUUCUUCGCUUCCAACUCCUCCAGUGCCGAAGACGUAGAAAGAGAUGUCACCAACAUGGCCUGGAUCGGUCAAUCGGUUACUCCUCUCUCUGACUAUAACCCGGCUUUCAAGUACUACGAAGUGCAGGAUGGCUCGUUCAACAUCAUGAACUCAUAUAACUACUACACCAAGUUGAAUGACACUUACAUUGAAGGAAGUGCUGAGCCUGCUUGGGAAUUCGAGUAUUCUGCUCGUGAAACCUAUGACCCCAACAGUACAUGGCCGCUGACUGCUCCAUUGAACGGUACUUUCUGGAACCAGUAUGUGUUGCAGAAACUCGCUGAUAAUUCCAGUAUUGAGUUCAACCAAUUGUAUACCAACUUGCAAUAUCGUCUGACACUUAACACUCCAGUAUGUGACGAUGAUGGAAAGCUAUCAACCGACUGUUACCAACAAAACUACUGUGAGGCUGGUAGCUACUUAUCCGACGAAUACCUUAAGUGUAUGAACCAGUUGACUGCUUAGUAUAUUAUUCACUACUCUCUAAAAUAGAUAUCCAGCUUAUGGCCCUCA